CAAAAUUUUCCCACUCCAUUCUGUCUAUUGCUUCCACUUGAGUAUUCUUCUCUCUCUCUCUUUAGCUCUCUGAUAUAUUUUUCUCCAUGGAGUUAGGAAGUAUAUUACAGUUCCUUGAGAACAAGUCCAUUUUAAUCACUGGUGCUACUGGCUUUCUAGCAAAGAUUCUUGUGGAGAAGGUACUGAGGGUUCAACCAGACUUGAAGAAGCUCUAUCUUCUUCUAAGGGCUAAGGAUACUAAGUCAGCCACACAUCGGUUAAAUAAUGAGAUCAUAGGGAAGGACUUGUUCAGAGUGCUAAAGGAAAAGUUGGGUACAAAUCUAAAUUCCUUUGUCUCUGAAAAAAUAACUGUGGUGCCUGGGGACAUCUCUCUUGAAGACCUGGGCUUGAAGGAUUCCAUUUUGAGGGAAGAGAUACUGAACCAAGUUGAUGUCAUUGUUAAUUUAGCUGCCACUACCAACUUUGAUGAAAGAUAUGAUGUUGCAUUGGGGCUCAAUACAUUUGGAGCUAAGUAUGUUUUGAACUUCGCAAAAAAAUGUGUUAAUCUAAAGGUGCUUAUCCAUGUAUCCACAGCCUAUGUAUCAGGAGAAAGAGGAGGACUAAUUCUGGAGAGCCCAUAUCGCAUGAGUGAAACACUUAAUGGGACCUUUGGAUUAGACAUCGAAACAGAGAAAAGACUGGCUGAGGAAAAAGUGAAUGACUUACGAGCCGAGGGAGCUACAGAAGAAGAAAUUACGUUGGCCAUGAAGGAUUUUGGUCUUGAAAGGGCAAGGAUGUACGGAUGGCCAAAUACUUAUGUAUUCACAAAAGCAAUGGGAGAGAUGCUUAUAGGGCAUCUAAAAGAAAAUGAAUCUGUGGUUAUCUUACGUCCUACCAUUGUUACCAGUACUUUCAAAGAACCUUUCCCCGGUUGGGUUGAAGGGAUAAGGACUAUUGACAGUCUAGCAGUUGGCUAUGGUAAGGGAAAACUUACUGUCUUUCUUGGUGAUCUUAAGGCAGCCCUUGAUUUGAUACCCGCAGACUUUGUGGUGAAUUCUAUAAUAGUGGCAAUGGUAGCUCAUGCAAAUCAACCUUCUGAUGUGAUUUACCAAGUGGGUUCUUCAGCAAGCAAUCCUAUGAGAAACGUGGAUCUUCAAGACUACGGCUAUCGUUACUUCUCCCAAACACCAUGGAUUAAUAAGGAUGGAAAACCUGUCAAGGUUACCAAGGCUUUGGUAUUAGGCGACAUGGCCAGCUUCGAAAGAUACAUGGCCCUUCGUUAUUUGCUUCUACUGAAGGGACUAGAAGUGGUGAAUGUAGCGCUUUGCAAGUAUUUUCAGGGCACGUAUAUCAAUCUCAGAAGAAAGAUCAACUUUGUGAUGCGGUUGGUGGAACUGUACAAGCCUUACUUGUUUUUCGGGGGCAUCUUUGAUGACAUGAACACAGAGAGGCUGCGAAUGGCAUUAAGAGAAAGUAGUGCAGAGGCAGAUUUGUUUUGCUUCGAUCCAAAAUGCAUCAAAUGGGACGAGUACUUUCUGAAUGUCCAUUUACCUGGUAUCGUAAAAUAUGUUUUUAAGUGAUAUCCACAAGUGGAUUAUAGUAUUGUGUUUUCAGAGUUUGUACUACUUUUAAAAACAUGUGUGUUCCUCUAGAGUAACUUAUAUAGAAAUAUCUGUUCAACGCAGUCUAUUAUUGCUGCAAAUUUAUUUGAGAACUUAGGCAAGUGUAUUAAUUAUGAUAUGUUCUAGUGUUGUACUAA